GAGCCUGUCACAAAAGUGUGUGUUCCUUCUCACUAUAAGGAACCAGAGCUGUCUAAAGGAGAGAGUGUUUGCCUGGACCGCUGUGUCUCCAAGUAUCUGGAUAUUCAUGAGCGGAUGAAUAAGAAACUUACUGAGCUGUCUAUGCAAGACGAGGAACUGAUGAAAAAGAUGCAACAGGGAAUGGGGACUGCACAAUAG